UUGUAGCGCGUCGUUCGUUCAUUUCACCUGUGCAUUUCCACUGUGCGCGUUUCAUGCGUGUCCCGUACCGUCUCUUUUGUUAGUCUCGUUGGGCGCAUAUUGUUUUCUUUCUCUUUUAUUUCUUUUCUUUUGGAGAGAGAACUCUUUUAUUGCCUACUUGUCUUACUUGAUUACCGCACGCGUAUUGACGGGUGAGUCGAUUCACACGGCCGGCAUAGAAGAAACAAGAUGGGCCAGGUUGGUUGUUUGUCCGCUGUGCCGUUACCAUCGCAGCCCACUAUCGUAGGCUCGCACUCCAUUUGAAGCCGGUGCUCUGUUGAGCGAGUCGACGACCAACGAUCCAACGGGAUAGUCAUCUUCGUUUUCAUUCUCUUUGUAGUGUGUUAUGUGUCCAGUUAUAUCAUGACAUUGCGCCUAGAAAAAGUGUUUGGUUCAAUAUCGAUCAGCCGAUCAGUUUCGUGGAUUUAGUUUUUGUUUUUUUCACGACAACCAACUUUGCUUCUCGUUGUUAACAACUUGACAAUAUUUACAAAAGAUAAUACGAUUGACAUCAUGUCGACAAAGUCCGGCUUAAAGAAAACGUUCUCGUGGCGUUUUGGCCCGUCCAAAUUUAGCCGGAAGAGCAAACCGCAUUCAGAGGCAGAGGUUGAAGAACCCGAGAGUCGAAGGCACGCUAACGCCUUUGCGUUUCACGGCCAGCUCCAGCAAUCGGGUCUCAGUUUAGACGUUGAAAGAGACUCUAACGGCGAGAGCAACAACAGUGGGCCCAACAGCUCUGUCGGCUUCAUUUCGGACAUCUUGGACGGUGUGGUCUUCGCGCCGGUUGGUUCGUCUGAACUACCGCGCCCAUCACCCGACACUCGAUCGCGAUCGACUUUGUCUUCAUUCCGCCCUACACCGGAAUCUGAAGAGCAGCCCAAUCACCCAGUAACAACACCAGCGCCGGCAAUAAGCAGUGGCAACCAGUUAGAGCCGAUCAAAUUGAUCCGAGCCAAGUCGCCGCCAUUAACGGAUCUCGAAACGCUAUUUCAGCGCGAGUUAGCGGCCAAGAUCAAGAAGCGCUGUCAAGACACCCAGCAGCGCCAGCUAGAGAAAUCUCUGAUUUCUCCCGUUAGCGCGCCGACAGUUGUACGGUCGCAAUCGUCCGCCUUGCCGCCCAUUCCGAAAAUCAUCGAAGACCCAGUGCAUUCAGUCGUGGCCGAUGUAGUUGUGUCCGAAUUUGAAAACCCGCUCUACCAGACGUUAGACGAGUGUUAUUCCGGAUCACCUACAUUACUUCCACCUCCUCCCCCGCCUCCACCACUUCCUCCGGCGUUGCAAUCUGAUAACGACGAAGAGGCCACCUAUGCUGUUAUAGAAGAGCGCAACGCGUCUCAUUAUCAGGCAGUAAUCCCUGCGACUUCAGCCAGCUGUAACGAGGAAGAUCAUAGGGUCUACGCCCAGGUCAAUCAUAGCGACGAAGAAGAGCGAGUCUACGCUCAAGUGGCCGACGGCCUGGUAGAAGAGAAGCUCUACGACACGGUGCAGCAAUCGGAAGAGACCGGUGUUGAUCCCAACGCCAUCUACGAGAAUUUGGAAGAACUGCAAGAACGCGAACAGACUUACGCCAAUAUCUGUUCGCCUUCGGACUGUACCCCACUAUCGCAUCCGGCCAACGUGCUAACCGCAUUAAUGUUGGACGUCGAAGCCACUUCCGCUGUUACCCCGGCGUCGUCGAUCAGCCGUUCAAGCGACGACAGCCGCAGCUCGGGCAAUUCAUCGGGCAGUCCGCAACAAUCGGCUUCGUCGCCCGAACAGCUUUCGCCCACCGAUUCGUUGGCCAACGGAAGCAUCGGAUCCGCCCGCAAUAUCGGCAGCCCAGAUUCGGGCGUCUUUGGACUCCUCCAACCUGCCCAUUUUUCAUCCGACUUGUCGCCUCCUACCGACGCGCUGAACAACAACGUGAAGACGGAACUGAAAUCCGGCGGUCAACAAGAUUUUUUGGAUCAAACUUUGAAACAGUUCGAGAGACUGGAACAGCUGAGUUCCGGAAUUUUUGAGAGCUCGCUAAAACAGUCCGAUAAGAUGGAAGAUGACUUGCAGCCUAAUGGAAUGGAAGAGAAAGUUGGUGCGCCCGAGCAGACGACCCAACCUGUUUUGCUUCCUGUCGUGAUGGCCGAAGAUAAGAUCUUGCCCGUUUCAGAGAUACCCAUCGAGACACUUUUGGAUCUGGUCGGAUCUGUUGAGCCAUCUGAAGCUAAACGACCUGAAUCUGAAUCUGAAUCGGACGAAGAACAUGUCGUUCGUCCGCCGCAAAUGCCGCUGUCACCGCCCCCUGGCGAACCGUUCCGCACUUACGAUCCGGCUAAUGAGGAUGGUCUUUUCCAGGCCUCACUGGUCAGCGUUAAUUCGCAAGCGUCAUCUUCAAUGAAAGAAAGUGACGUCAGCGACAUGGAAAGUUUUUCAAAGGAGACCAUUCGAUCUCCCGAACCAAAAGCCAAUUUGGGAGCGCAGAUCGUUGAGGACGAGAUGAAAAGGAUGCAGGAGCGAGACCGACUUCGCAACGAGAAACUCGGGUUGGACAAUGUUGGCCAGUCAUUUGAUAGACUCAGCUCGAACCGCUACAACGUCAUUGAUGAAAUGACACCCAAGACCACUAAACGCAAAAACUGGCUUUCGCCCGCAACCGUGAAUGCCACUUCUUCUGACCAGUUGGAGCCUUCGCCGCUAGAUGGCAACCGGCGCCUAUCUUGCGGCGUCAAUAGCGAGUCGAUUCUGGUCAAGAAGGAGGAGACGAAAGCCUUUUGGGAAGGCAAGAUGCAAUCCGAAUUGGAGGAACCUAUUCCGCUGACACGCAACAACCGGAUCAAAACGGAAUCGCAACCGCUUCAGCGUCAACAGUCCACUCUGUCGCCUCCGCCCGGAUUCGACAAUGAUUUGCUCGACAACGAACAGGACGAAGCGGCCGAACAAGAGGAAGAACCUAUUCUAAGCAACAUGGAAUUCACGGACGUGGCUUCCAUCACAUUCAAAGGCGACGAUUCCGCCGUGGAUAUCAAACCAUUCGUCGUUUUUGGCAGUUUCGAAGACGGUGGCUCUAUUGAUGACGUCGAUGCCACCGCACCCACCAGCACUGCCAUCGCUCCGGCGCCUCUUUCGGUCGCUGUCCCCAAUGAACCUAAAUCUCAAACAAGUCACGACAUACGGCCAAAAUCGUUGUACUUCGAACCGGAGCGUGACUCAUCCAGCAGCGACGAUGAACUGGAAACGGAGGUCAGUGCAGCAUCGUUUUCGGUCAACAAAGGCGUUCAUUCCAUCAGUCCGCAUUCGAAUCCAACCGAAACGCUGAUUGAGCGGGAAAUACGGCUUCAGCGCGAACGCGAAGAGGCCGUGCUUCUCGAACGUCAGAAGGCUCUGCAAAUGUUGGAAGCGACGCGCAAACAAGCGAAACUGCCCGAAGCGGCGCCGCGGAAGCCUCACAUGGCCGAAUCCAAUAAGAGGGAAGGGCACAAAGUAAGCCAGCCUGGUGAAUUUGUCAAAAAGGCGGAGUCGAAGAAAGCCAUGGAAGUGUUGGUAUCGCCGACGGAGAUCCGCAUCUCGGAGGAGAUUCGCGAAUUGAAGCGACGCGAAGAGGAGCUGCGCCAAUUGAGGGAGUCGAACGUUCGCAAUGUGCAGAACGGCUGCGAGGAUCCGUCAUCGUUCACCACCAAUGGCGUUACUGACGACGAAGGACUUUAUUCGGAUGCCGAGCGUGAUGUCAGCAGCAGCGAAGCUAACAGCAGUCGAGUCGAAAGUCCAGAAGCCGGCCUGAUUCCUAGCGAGUAUUCGAAAUUUCCUCACCAGAGGACACAGUCGAUGGAUUCGAUGAGUUCCGGCCACAGUUCGGGCGAUCACGUCUUGACCCACACGCCUAAUCCGGGCAGCAACACGGAAAUAAUGAAGCGGGGUGGUCGUUCCGGCAAGCCAAUCGUCAUGCCACUAGACGAUCUGUCGGAUGAGGAUGAAACCCCAGCUUAUCUAAGCAGGUCUAAAGAGACACCCAUUGAACGCGAAAUUCGUUUGGGUCGUGAGCGUGAGGAAGCCUUGCGCAGAGAAAAAGGUCUUCAACCCGGAGGGAUGACGGUGUCUGUAACUAAACAGAAUGAGAAAGAGAAUCGCCAGGCACAGAGGUUCGCCAAUUCGAGCAGCGACAAACGGGAUGUCCAGCAUCGUUACGCAUCGUCCGUCAUUCAGCGCGAAAUGGACGAGAUUGUCGAAAGGGAAAACGAGCUUGUCCGCGAUGGAAAAAUUCAAACUACGUCACUCGAGCGAGCUGGCUCCAAGGCUUCCAGCUUGGCUGAUUACUCUAGAAAAAAGACUGCCAUUGGACCAGCUAAGUCCGUGUCAUCCAUUCAGUCCCCUACCACGGUGGAACUCGCUCUGCAGCGCUCAGAGUCAGUUGUCGAGGAUCGAGAAUCGCCAUCCGAACCGCAGCAUGUCAAGAAAAUGCCGCAGAUGAAAGUGACGUAUGGCAACCGCGGCUACGGCAACGCAAACCUAUCGAGCGCGACCGCCAAUGGCGGCCAGCCUGCCGCCGCGACGGCGACAUGGCGCAAUUUCAGCAAUCCCCAAGGUGGCCAGCGCGGCCUGAUGGAGAAAUUUCUCCUAUCACGCGGACGCUUGAACGGCCCAGCUACUUUCAACGCACCUACACCUUCGGCACCCACGGCGCUUUCUUCCUCAUCACCGUUAACACAUCACAGCGUCGUCACCCCAGGAUCAUCGGCCGGUGAUCCUGUUGGCGUGAUCAACCAGAGCAAUAAAAUGACAUCGGCUCCUGCCCGUUACGUUGUGCCCGCAGUUAAACCUGUAGAAUCGCAAAUAGCACGAAGAGACGAGGAGGAUAAACAAGUCCGCGAGAAAGUUGUGCCUCCUCGCCGCCAUUACGCCACUACCGAGGAGAAAAUUCAGCAAGAAUUUCGCGAAAUGCAGAAAAGAGAAGAAGAGCUCAAAUUGAAUCGAAGCAAAUUUUUUGCCAAAUCGCAACCCAAUUUACUUGACAUUGACGAUCCAGUUGUGAACGAACCAGAACAGCGCCUGGAGGGACAGCUGCGAAGUGCCCACUCCAUUUCUGACCUGCUCGCAGAUGAGACACAAUCAGUGGAAAUGAGAGAGGAAUUGCCUCUGAAGUCAUCUUCCUCAACAGUCAAAGGAGCUCGCCGUAAAAGUGCAUUGAUUGCCCAGUGGGAAAAUAGAAUUCACCAACAAGACUUUUGAAAGAUUUGGGGGAUGAUCUUUGUUUUGAAAUUAAUGAAACAGCUUCCAUAAUAUAUGCAACACGCUUCUUCAUCCGCAGCCGGAAUAACGGACAAUUCCAAAAACAGUAAUAUACCCCUUAAGUUACCCGCAUUUUCUCGCCUCUCUUGGAAUUCGGUUGUCUGUCGAGAUGCUUUCUCCCUUCUUUUCAACACAUUCCCCCCCCCCCCCCCCCCCCCCGAUUGCUAUGAAUUUAUUCAUGGCCUUAGCACUGUUUGCGCAGUGAAACUUUCCCGUCAAGUGCCCUUAUGUUGCUUAUGAAUUUAUUUUUGUUUUUUAAAUAUCUUUUUUUCUAUCUUUUUGUUCCUUUGUUAUAUCGUCAUCACCUAGUUUACUUGAAAAGAAAGUUUAAAUAAUCAGCGAUUCUGUGUGCCAGGCUUAUAGACUGAAAUUAGUUAAUCAAUCGCGUUAAUAUCGUGUGAAGAAUUACAAAAUAGAUUUUUUUUCGAACUGGCUUCGAUGUAUAGCCCGUAAACGGAGCAGCGCGGUGAUUCAUGAAAUUAAUACAUGGUUUAUCU